GCCCGACGCGUAGCUCGCGUCGCCUGGACCACACGCGCCGACGCGAUCUUAUUUACUGUGAGGACUGAUAACAGUGCACCAUGCCGAAGAAUAUUUUAGCGGAGAUGGGCUCCCAGGUGGGGCUCACGCCUGCGCGACAACACAAAAACGAAGCAGCAGAAUGGAAGCGCAGACAGAGUGGGCCAAUGGUAAACCCUUCAUUCGAGCCAGACGACUUUGCACCACAAAGCCUGUCGCCAGUGAAGGAUGACAAGACGCCGGGGGGUGACAAGGGUAUCUUCCUCAUCAGCAUGAAUAAGGACGGCCAGGAGAGCGAGGAGUAUGAGCCCUACGAGAACAGAGUCGUCGACCAUCCCACUACGAACAUAGAAACCCUUCUUCACCUCCUGAAGGGCAGCCUCGGAACAGGCAUCCUGGCGAUGCCGCGAGCGUUCCUCCACUCCGGCUACGUGAUAGGCGUGAUAGGGACGGUGUUCAUAGGAGUUCUGUGCACGUACUGCAUUCACGUGCUGCUGGACUCGUGUUAUACUUUGUGCAAGCGGCGGAAAGUACCGUCGAUGACGUAUACGGCUGCGGCGGAGGCCGCGCUCUCGGAAGGCCCGGAGUGGUGCAAGGCCUGCGCGCCAUACGCAGCGCACAUUGUUAACGCGUUCCUCCUAGUCUACCAGAUUGGGACAUGUUGUGUCUACGUCGUGUUCGUGUCGGAAAAUAUAAACAACGUUUUAGAGAAGCAGUUUGGCAUCCACAUGGAGCUCAUCCACGUGAUGUCCAUCAUCCUCAUACCGCUGAUUCUCAUCAACUGGGUCCGAGACCUCAAAUACCUGGCUCCUUUCUCCGCCAUCGCCAACGCUAUAACUAUAGUCAGUUUUGGAAUGAUCCUCUACUACAUAUUCAGAGUGACGCCGACCUUUGAAGGAAAGGAGCCGGUGGGGAAAUUAAAAGACUUCCCGCUUUUCUUCGGGACUGUACUGUUCGCAUUGGAAGCUAUAGGAGUGAUAUUACCAUUAGAGAAUGAAAUGAGGACACCCAAAGACUUCGUUGGCAAGUUCGGCGUGCUGAACCGCGCUAUGAUCACAAUCAUACUAUUGUACGUGGGAAUGGGCCUGUUCGGGUACAUGCAAUAUGGCGCCGACGCGGAAGGCAGCAUCACGCUCAAUUUGCCGUCCGAUACGGAAAUAUUGGCUAGCGUAGUGCAGUGUCUGCUAGCAUUCGCGAUCUUCAUCACGCACGGGCUGGCCUGCUACGUGGCCAUAGACAUUCUGUGGAACGAGUACAUCAGCUCCCGGAUCCACAACAACAAGCGGCGCAUCUUUUGGGAGUAUCUGCUCAGGACCAUCAUAGUUCUUAUCACUUACGGUCUGGCAGCAGCAGUUCCGGCGCUCGACCUCUUUAUCUCCCUUUUCGGAGCGCUGUGCCUCUCUGCGCUCGGCCUGGCCUUCCCCGCCAUCAUUCAGAGCUGCACCUACUGGUACUACGUCUCGAGGUCCGAACGCAUCCGCAUGAUCGUCAAGAACGCGUUCGUUGUGCUGUUCGGCGUCCUAGGACUCGUAGUAGGCACCUACACGUCGCUUGAAGAAAUCGUCAAGAAAUUUUCGGAAGAACCCACAGUCGCCGCCUUCAACAGUACGAUCCCUGCACACUGACACUCGUAUCGAGCUGUAGUGAACAUAGCUAUAAGUAAAAGUGCCAUCUUGCAGGGCUGUCAACGCCCUAUUUAGAAGACGGUUCGAACGUAAGUACAUUAGCUAUUAUUAGAUGAUAUUUUUGUUUUAUUUAAGUUUAUCAUUUUUAGACAUUUUCCAUAGCAACCGUAUAGUGUAAGAGAAUAUAAACUGUUAAAUGUUGACUCCUUAUUUGAAUGUAGAUUAUUAAGUUGUUUAUAGAUUAGACGAUGUCACAUUUUGAAUCCACCCGUCAGAGCCACCACACGAGCAGUGCUUCUUGUGCGCAGGCGCUCACUUGAAGCGAGCUAUUUAGUAUUAUAUCAUCUAUCGUACCUAUAGAAUGUAAGUGGGUAAAUAUUUACCUAGAUAUCCUAUGACAGUGAGAUUCUAUAACGAGUGAAGUAUGGCAUUUUGUUAGUUUAAGUAUAAAUAAGUACAACUGAGCAGGCUCGAAAGUCGAUUGAUGACGGUCUAUAAAUCCGUUUAUUUGUAUGUAAGUAAAUUAUUCUCAUUGAUGUACAAAAUAGACUGAUACAACUAUGCAAAUUAAAAAAAAACUAAACAAUAGAUUGAAAUAGAUUUAAUUCAGAUUACCAUAAUAAACUUUACAAGGAUAAGAGAGUAAACAAAUACUAGUUUCUUUUUUUUAUAUACUUUGACCUCGCGAUGUGGUGUUACCUAACUGUAUUGUAUUUAUUAUUUUGUGACCGGAAAUUGAAUGUACAAAAAUAUUGUUUAAUUGCAAUGACAAAUUAGCCAUUUAAAGAUAUAAAUUUAUUAUUUAAUAGAACAAAUUAAGUACAUUAUAAGUUUAAGCUGCCAGUUUGUUCUUGCAGUUUGUUAUAUAUUUUCUAUUAUUAAAAAAUAUAUUUCAAAGAAUUAACAACUUCCUCCUUUUUGAAGACGGUUGAUAUUUUAUAUGUUUAUCAAUUUUGCUAUUUUUCUGUUUUAUUUUAUUGAAUUUACAUAUUUUUCAUAUACUUCUUAUAUUUCAUAUUCUUCCUGUUUUCUAUCAUAUUUGUCAGUAGUCAUAGCAUAGUCAUUUAUACCAUUGUAGAUGUAUUGUAGACUCGUGCCACCUGACUCACAAUAAAAUGUUGAGAAGCAUGUUGAAUAUAUUGGAUUGUUAUUACUGAAAAUUACACAUAUUUUUAUUAGAUACUGUGCAUGAAAAAUCUUAGCUAAAUCGGAUAAUCCGGUCAUAAUUUUUAUUGACGCAAUCUGUGAUGUUUGAUAGUUUAUAAAAUAUUAAAUAUUUAUUAGGUCAUUUUUUGUUUUGUGUUAUAGAUAUAUAUUGUACGAUGUGUUUCACACGUCAGUGAUAUUGUGCUCAGAGCGAUAUUUUGGGGACGAAUCCCGAUAAAAUAAAUAAGUUAUAAAUUAUUA